AUGUCAUUCCGCAGAAGAAGCAGCAGCAGCAGUAGCGAGGCAGAAAACCGAAGAGACCCCGCGAUGGCCGAAGUGGAGAAACCAACGGCGGCUACUCCCCCGACCGACAUCCCCCAGGCUACGGCUGCACCUGCCAGCGAGGUGCCAGUGGCUGUAACGCCCCCAGCGGAUGCCACCGUGGACGUCGAGCCGGGCACCUCACCCACCCAGGAGCCCAACUCCAAUUCGCAUCCGCACGACUCCGAGUACGACACGGCCAGUGAUCUGGAGGGCGGAGAGGACUAUGACGACGAGGAGAGUGCCAGCGGCAGCGCAAGUGGCAGUGGGAGCGAGGAGGAAUCUGAGACGGACGACGAGGACGAGGAGGGGGGCAGCGAAACGGAUGAUGGCGAGGGGGAGCAAGCGAUGGACCGCUCCGUAGCCGACAGUGAGGCCCAGAAGAAGGUGGACGAGGACCGCAGCAAUCCGCAGUACAUCCCCAAGCGGGGCACUUUCUACGAGCACGACGACCGAACGGCGGAGACCGAGGGAGAAAUCCUUAUCGAACCCGAAAACGGUGCUGGCCAGGCGGCGGCGGAGCCAAAUGGCGAACUCAAUGGACUUGCGGCAGCCGGUGCCACGCCGACUGGCCAAACGCCACAGAUCUCACAGGCAUCAAAGACCAUGCGAAAAUGGCAGCCAGCUUCAGGCGGUGAUCGCUGGUCUCACGAUCGAUUCGAUUUCACGGAGCAGGCUCCCAAAUCCCGUGCAGAGUUGCUGCAAACAUACGGCUACGACAUUAGAAACGAGGACGCACCGCCCAGAGCCAGACGUCGCCGGCGAUAUACGCGUGGCCCUAGUAAAUACUCAAGAAACUGGGAGGACGAGCAGGCCUACCUCAAAGCCAGCAAUAAGGAGCGCAAGCCGCCGCGGCCACAGGACUUCCCGGCGCUCAACGAAAGAAAGCCACGUGGUCCACGGACAUCAUCCUCGCGUGAGGAAAAGGAAAACCGACGGUCCGUCGGUGCUGGAGGCUUGGUUCCAGAGAAGCAACAGCCCUUGGCCAGUGGCUCCAAUCCUCACAGAUCCCAGGAGCGUGAACGGGAGAGGGAAAGAGAGCGGGAACGUGAUCGAGAGCCCAAGAAUCGCAACUUUGGGCGAAUGAACGGCGGCCCCGGACGUCAGAAUGGCAUGGAGUUUAAGAAGAACAGCCGUGGACAGCAGCCACGAGAACGGGAGCGGGGACCAGACCAACUGGACAACCGUAACCAGAAGCCAACCACUCCACGCUCCAACCAACAACAACAACAGCAGCAGCAACCUCAGCAUCAGCAACAGCCACAGCAGCAACGACAGCCGUCCCAGCCGCAGCAGUCUCCACAGACGCCGCUUUCCACGUCAAACCUUUCGCAGCGGCUCCAGCAGGUGCAGCAACGCAACGAUCCCAGCCAUGUGGGCAGUGUCCAGAUGCAUUCUCUUGCUAGCCAAAAUCAGGCGCCCCAGCAGCAGCAGCAGCCACUGCAUCAGGAACAACGAAAUGCGCCCAAGCGGUACUCCAGCUUGCGUCGCUCCCAGCAGGAGGCAUCACAGCACUUGGCUGAGCAGCAGCAACAGCAGAUGCAGCAGCAGUUGCAUCUUCAACAGCAACAGCAGCAGCAACAAUCGCAGAUCAUGAUUCAGGACCCCCAUGUUCUGAUGCAGAUCGCCUAUCAGCAACAGGAGCUGCAGGCCCAACUGCAGACCAUGCAACUGGGACCACCUACUGCCGCAGGAGCAGUUCCAACACCACCAAAGCCACAUGCCCCGCCGGCAGCCGCAUAUCCGCAAGCACAGGCGGCACCGUACUAUGUGACCGGAACGGAGCCAGUUCCAGUGCCCGUGCCCCAGGCACCGUAUGUGAAUCCGGCCAGUGCCGCUUACUUGCCAACCACUCCGGCUGCCGUGGCGUACGCCCAAGCAGGGCCUCCGGUUGUAACACAACCCACACCGCCGCCCGCUCAGGCACCGCCCGCAACGCAGCCGGCUCAGCCGUAUCAGAACUACAACACGGUCGGUGGCACAACCUACUUUGUGCCGCCGGCUCAAACCACUAGCCGACCAAGUGCUCUGCCCCAGCGUCGUCCCACCAACGCAAUUCCCAUUCUCCCGCCCUCCGAAAAGCAUAAGGCCAAGGGUGGAGCCAAGGAGGAGGGCAUCUCGGACAACAUAGAUCACAUCAUUGACAACAUGUUCGUGCAGCGACCUUCGGCCUUCCAGGCCACCGGCGAAGGCGCCACUCCAGGUGGGGGAACAAAGGACGAGGCGGCAGCCACACCACCGGCUACCGAGCAGAACCUUCAGCCAGUUCCGGCCACUGGGCAGGAAUGAGUGCAGGCGUACGCCGGCUUGCCGCCACAGCAGCAGCAGAGACGAGGCCAACGGAUAGCGCCGCCGCCCUCCUCCGGCUACUCAAUGCUGCAGCCGCACGCUGGCUACUAUCGACCUCCGCCCCCGCCGCACUAGUGCGGACGGUCAGCUCCUAACUCAGCUCAUCCGACGAUUUUUUUUCCUCAUUCUGUCCUCGGGUCUGCGACUCCGAUGUACUGCAUAAAUAGAGAAACGCAGUGAGAACCACUUGUAAUUAGCAUUUAGCUCCCAGAUAAUCGAACUUACUAACGAAAAAUUUUCGUAUAUAGACGAGUAUAUAUAUAUUGUAAUUCGGCGCAAGCUCCAAUUAAUUUGUACGUAGUAUCUAGGGCCGGCUAAUGUAUUGAAGCGGCUGGGCGCUUAGCUUAUUUAGCGCAUUUUAGUUGAAACAGAAGAAUUACCGAGAGAAAUGUAUUUGCAUAAACUAAUCGAUCAUUGAAUUUAAAUAAACGUUUAACACGAA